CCACAGUCCAGAGCGCCGUGUCCGCCGACCACCACUUCAACUCCUCCACUGCAGCCUGCAGGAAGCUACUAGCUAGAACCCGAAUAAUCUGCACCUAGCCAUGGUGAAGCUAGCCACGGCGCGGGACUGCCGCGCGUACAGCCUCGGCGCCACGGGCGGCGAGACGUCGCGCAACCGGCGGUGGGAGUACAUCAACGCAGGGGUGUACGUCUUCGCCGCCGUCCUCCUCGUCGUUGGCUUCUUGGCGCAGCUGUGGCCGUGGGCGGUGUCCACCAAGGCCGGCCUCGCGGUGGCCGUCGUCGGGCUGCUGGGCGUGCUGGGAGCGAACGCGCACGACCUGCUGGCGCACGUCGCCGGCGUCGACUACAACCUUGGCCUGGCCGGGCUCGACACCCAGUUCGUGCUCGUCGAGCUCGCCGCCCCCGCCGUGCAGCUCGCCGGCGCCGCGCUCACCUUGGUCGCGCUCAUCUUGUUCGAGAUCCAGAUGGAGAGAGGUCACCGGCGUGGCCUGGAGAAGCACGGCCUGAACCUGCUCAUCGCCGGGCCAGCGCUGUGGUGCCUCGGGUCCAUACACAACAUGUGCCAAGUCUACGAGCGAGCCAACGGGCACGUCCAGAUCCUCCAGAAGAGCGUGCAGAUCCCGUUUCUGCUCGGCAGCACCCUCUUCUUCAUCGGCGGCGUCGUCAACCGGAACGACGUCCACGGCCACUCCUCCCACAGCUUCACCCUACUGGGGAGGAGCUGGGCGUGGUACUGCCUGUUCGGGAGCCUGCUGUUCUUGGCGGGAGGGCUGCUGAACCUGCUCAAGGUGUUCAAGAUGCAGCAGAUGGGCGGGCGGGGGCUGGAGAAGCUGCGCGGCGGCGCGCAGGAGCGGCUUAGCAGGGAGAGGGAGGGCAAGGUGCCUCUCAUCCUGGAGGAGGGACGGAGGGGGAAGCACGGAGGCAAUGUAGGGGACACCUGGGCGCCGCCGGCGCCGCGGCACGAGCCGAGGGCUCCGCCAGUCCCGCCGCCGCCGGAGGGUUCUUACAAGGACGCUGUCGUGAGCGGCGGCAACUAGUGUGAUCUUGCCGUCCACGGCGGUAACGAAUAAUAAGAGAGGACGUGACAAGGCAGCUGGUAGAGGCGAAGCAUUGGCUUAGGGCGACGCCAUCCUGUAUUUUCCUAUCUGUACACGAUGUCAUGUGAAUUAUAUCGACUUGCUGCCUAUGAUUCUA